GCCCACGCUCGGAGAGAGGGGCUAAAGGAGCAACCUCUGUGGGGCGGAGUCGGGAGAGAUCUGUCCAAUUCCAGGCCUUGAAAGCUCAGAUCCGGAGGGGGCGGGGCGAACAGGGAAGUGGCGACGGUCGGCUUUGCAUAAAGAUGCACAGCUUUGCAUAACCAGUGCAGGCAGGUAUUUAAAGGAGUCGCCGCCGCCGCAAAUCUAGUGGUUAACCCAGCGCGGACCCACCCGUUGCAAUGAUCCCUCUGCUGCAGGCUGCGUUCCUGAUCUCCCUGGGCUUGCUCCUUGCCGGCCCAGCGGCUACUGCAAACCGCCCGCCACUGCUUGGUGGCUUUUCCUGGGAAAACUGUGGUGAGAAGGACCCCGUAGUGUUAAAUAACCUGAUUCUGGAACCUGACCCUAUUAAAAUUCCUGGGACCGUGACUGUCAGUGUUGAUGUCAAGACCAUUAUCCGCCUCAGUAGUCCUCAGAAGGUGGAAUUAACUGUGGAGAAGGAAGUGGCUGGCAUCUGGAUUAAAAUACCAUGUGUGGAACAAACUGGUAGCUGCAUCUAUGAGAACAUCUGUGAUACACUUGAUGACUUAAUUCCCCCUGGGAGUCACUGCCCAGAACCUCUGCACACCUAUGGGCUUCCCUGCCACUGUCCCUUAAAAGCAGGCGUCUACAUAAUGCCCAGGAGUAACAUCGAGCUCCCCAGCCUGCAGCUGCCUGCCUGGCUCAGCACCGGGAACUACCGAAUCAAGAGCAAACUGAGCAGCGGCGGGAACCAUCUGGCCUGCGUCAAGAUCUCUUUCUCCCUAAAGGCCAGAUAAGGUGGAACCUGCCACGGUGGAAUGAAGAGGGGGUGAAUGUCUCUGUCUUAUGCUGGCACUGGCCAAAUUCUACUCUCUGUCCUUUUUCAAGCCCCUUUCCUCAAUGAUGAUGCUCCCCUCUCUGAAAGUCACAGUCACAUUU